AUUGUCACAUGUGAUUUUAAUUGUUUUGAUGAAUGAUGAUCAACAUUCAAAUUGUGAUUUUUUUUUAUCAAUCAUUCGAUUAAAUCAUCAUGAAUUCUUUGACUAUUCAACGAUUAUUAUUCCAAUUAUCAUGUCGAAAUUAUUGUUCCUUACGAUUUUAUCGACCAUCAUCGAUGACCACAUGUUCAAUUAGACAGCUAUGUUCAUCAUCAUCAUCAUCUGGUUUGAAAAUUGAUUUUUCACAAUUUGAACCAGAUAACUUUGGUGAUUUAGCACAGAAAUUGCAACGACAACAAUCGACAAAAAAUUCCAAACCAUCAACAUUAAAAUCUGAACGAUUGCCAGAUGAUCCUGAUGGUUAUGAACAAUUGGAAAUAAAACGUGGUAUUAAAAUUUCAUUACCUGGUUAUGAAAGAAUAUUGGAACAAAUAUAUAAAAAACGACCACUUGAUCUAUAUCGAUUGCUUGAUACAUAUCGAUCAAUGGUAUAUGAAGAUCGAUACAAACCUAGCCGUAAUAUAUACACAAUGAUUAUCAAUGCUUGUGCCAAGGCUGGUUAUACACAAAAAGCAUUUGAAUUAUAUUCGGAAAUGAAACGAUAUGAAUAUCGUCCAACACGUGCUAUGAUUACAGCAUUAUUCAAUUCAUGUGCUAAUUUUCCGAUGGUUUCCGAUUCUGGUGAUAAUUUUCAAUAUGGUUUAAAUCAAGCUAUUGAACUUCGAAAAGAACUAGAUUCUAAUGGUUAUCAUUAUAACAUUACCCAAUAUAAUGUUAUGAUCAAAACAUUUGCAUUAUAUGGUGAUCAACAAAAUGUUGAUGCAACAUUGACACAAAUGAAACGUAAUCGUAUUUCACCAAAUAUGGAUACAUAUUGUAUGUUGUUGAUGGGUGCAAUUCAAUAUCCAGAAAAUGGCUUAUAUGAUGCUACGAAUUUUAUGCGAAAAAUUCUUAAUCAAAAAACAAUGACGUUGAAUGUUGCACCAUUUAAUCUAUUUCUUCGAUCAAUACGUGAUUGUCGAUUUGAAUCGGAAGCUCGAGUUGCUCAACUUGUUGAUAAUUAUUCAAAUAAUAAAGAAGGUUUAGUACAUUCUACUUCGAAGACUACAUUACCGAUGAAACAAUCGAUUCAUAAUGAUCUGCCCAAUUUAUUGAUGAUCAAUGAUAAUUCAAAUUCAGCUAUUGUUUCGAUUGAUUUUAAAUCUCUUGAAUCGGCAACAAAUCGAUUUCUAUUGUUUGGUGGUAUCGAUGGUUUUCUUCAACUGAUGAAUCAUCAUAAAGUUCAACCGAAUCUAAAAACUUUCACUUUGAUGGCUGAAUUACUUGCUGAUCAUGUUGAAUGUUUCGAACAAAUACAAAAAGCUCUUGAUCACUAUAAUCUAAGGCCCGAUGUUUGUUUAUACAAUGUUCUAAUCAAAGUAUAUGCUAAACAAAAAAAUCGAGAAAAAUGUGAACGAAUGAUACGAGAAAUGCAAAAACAACAAAGACGGCCAGAUAUAAUGACAUUUGGAGCGUUAGCAUUUACUUGUGGUUGUAUGGGUGAUGCACGGAAAUUUCUUGAUGAAAUGAAACAAUGUAUGAUUAGACCUAAUAAUAAUAUAAUGGGAACUUUAAUUAAUCUGGCAUGUGGACAUCAAGAUCUUACCUAUGUUCGUUUUCUUUUAUCCUAUAUGGACAGACAUGAUAUCAAAUUAUCGAUAAUGGAUAUUGAACGUAUUGAAAUAAUGCUUAGCUAUUAUCGUGAUCAAAUAUUGAAAGCAGAUCGAAAUAAUCAUCAAUCGAUUUCUAAAAAAAUUCGUCAAUUGUUCGCCAAUGUUAAUCGACAAUUUCGACAAAUGUUAAAAAAUACAACCAUUGAAGUUGAUACAAAUGUAUGGAGCCAAUGGAAACCGGCUAAUCAUGUUGCACAGAAUACUAAAUAUCAUUCAUCCAUACGUUAUAUGGAAGAAAAAAUUAAUCUACGAUUAGGAAGAUCAUCAUCCGAUAAAAAUAAUUAUAAAAAAUUUCUUGAUAAUUCUGAACUAGAUGAAUUGGAUGAGGAUUUAUCUUGAAAUAAAAUUUCGAAUUAUUUUUUUUUCGAUUAGUA